ACUGUGACCAUAAGGGGCGGGGCUUUACUAGGAAUACUUGGGGGAAAAAUAGGCGGCUUGGUUUGAAGGAAGAGUUCAGGUGCGCGAAAGCAAUACGUAAAAUACGUUUUAAUUAUAUUUUUUUUUUUACAAAGGACACGGAACUGUUAUCGGUAUUAUACGUAUACUUUAGUCUUAGGUCGUAGUGUUUCAUUUCCACCCACUUCUUUAUGACGCUCAUUUUUUAGUUUCGUAUUGUUUCGAUAUGUACAGUUUCGAGUGAACUCUUCCUGGUUGGGUUCACUUGUUACAAGUGAACAAAAAUUGUAUAUUGGAGUUUGUUUUCUGAAACAGCCGGAUAUGCGCCUAAAAGUAAGCUGGACGACGCGGGUCCUGCCAUUUCUAGUGGUGUCACAGGUGAUCACGGGAGUGUUUUCCAGAUGUGCUAGGAGACUCCUGUCCGCAGAAGAACAGCAAGUCUCAGCUUUUCUAAGUCCAGAAGAAGCAAUGACAUUCUUGGGACGCCGUUUGCUAUACAAUCACUUUGACUUUGAGAUGUUCACACCAGGAAAUUUAGAACGGGAAUGCUAUGAAGAAAUGUGCAACUAUGAGGAAGCCCGGGAAGUGUUUGAAGAUACUGCAAAAACAGAUGCAUUCUGGAAAGAUUAUGUUAAAAAUGGCCCUUAUGCUAACCAAGGUUCAAAUGUCCAAAAGGUUGAUGUUACAGCUCUCAUUACUGGCCUCAUAGCUGGUGGUGUAUCACUCUUCAUAAUUGCUCUGCUAUGUUGGUAUUUUUGCUGCAGAAGUAAAAGGAGAAAAAAUUUGGUUCGUAUGAGACAGAACAGUCCAAGUUCUAAUCCUACAAGUGGGGAAGAGAUAUCUUUGCACACAGUGCCUGCCCAAAUGGAGGACACUGCACACGGACUUCCAUCAUACGAUCAAGCCUUUGCUAUGUCAGGACAGUAUGAUGCACCCCCUCCUCCUUAUCCGGGGUCUCGGUCAGGAUCACUGCAUCAGUGAAAAGAAGGAAACACAGUACAUAUGUAUUUUGUUUUUUAAACAAAUGUGAAACAAUUGUUUUUUUAAAAUGCAUUUUUCUGUGAUACACUGAUUUGUUUCUGUAGUCAGAAGUAAAGGGCUAGUAAUGCCUUUCUAAAUAUGUUUUAGUAUGUUUUAACCAAUUUUAUUGUAAUACUACAAAUAAAUUUUCAUUCUUCCCUCAACCGAGACCUAUUAAAAUAUUUAUUGAAAUUGUAAUUUACUGAAGAAAUUUUGGUGCUUAUUCACUUCUAAAUUUUAUUAACACAGUUAGUUGUGAAUGUCCAUGUAUAGUGCACUCUGUUUUAUAUAUGCACAGUACCCAAUUGCUACCAUUUUCUGAAUGUUGAUGACUUCCUUCUUUGAGUGUUAGCAAUCAUAUGCCAACUCUGUUUUAAUAAUAAAAGAAAAAAAAUCUCGUUAUACCAAAAAACUAAAUCCAUAUCUGCUGUCACCACAAUAUGGAUAUAAGACAUACAGUACUUCCAUAAGCUAUACAAAUUCACCUUGUAUAUGAAUAAAAUUGGAUAUACAGUAUGUAUACUUGGUAUUUCUAGCCAGUUUGAGUUCUUGCAUAGAAAACUAAGAAUUCUGAGUGAUUUGAAAUUGAAGACUUGAACAAAUUAUUUGGAAAGGUGUGUGUUUUUUUUUUUCUUCUUUUCUUUCUUUCUUUAUCUAUCCUUGGACAGCUAGCAACAUGUCUUUGCCAGAGGCAUAUAUGUAGAAUUUGACAUCUUUUAGCCCUGAAAUUAAGCCAACAUUAAGCCAUUUCAAUGAAAAGCAUUAACAUGUGCUUUACAUAACUCAAGCAUAUUCACAAGAAACUUAAAUCUAUUUUAUAUGUUCUGAUGAAGUAAUAAAAAUAUAUAAAAAUCAAUGCUUGAUUGGAUUUGUUUCUGAAUUUUACAAAAUUAUAUAACAUCUGGACAG